UAAACUAAAAAGUUACAUUAAAGUAAUUAUUGCUAAGUUAACUGAGAUGUUUGGCUUCCAAUGGCAUAAUAUAAGAGCGUUAACUUUCUGGACGCCCGUUUAACGUCAUAACUCUGUACCAAUUAAGGCCCAAUUUCGCAGAGUCUGAUGCCGCCUCUGCUGUUGACCAAUCAGGGCAUUACACACAUCGGAGUGUAAGAUACCGAGUAUAAACCCAGCGGCAGGCAGACUGCGUCACCAUCUUCUCUAAGAUUACACCAAUUACUGCAUGCAUUGCAAGACAUUUUCUGGAAACUUCAGUUAAAACCGUGGCUUGAAGAAACAUCGCAAUGGUUACUAUUUGGAUGGUUAAAAAGAUGGGUGUUUCGCAGUGUGUUGCCUGUUUGACGAUGAUACAUGUAGCUCUUCUGUUGAGUGGCCAGGUGGAAUGCCUCGACAGUCAAUGUGGCGGAUUUCAUAAUCAAAUGAUCAGUGCAGAAAACAGAGCUCUGAAACACUCCACAUUCAUGAAGAAAACUAUAUCCAAUCAUGUCAUAUGUGGACGGGACUGCUACAUUGAUAAGAACUGUAAGUCUUUCAACUUCGACAAAUGCAAUAAACUGUGUGAGUUAAACAACGGUACGAGAGCUCUGCAUCCUGAAGAUUUCCUUGAAGAUCAAAGGAGUGUUUACUUUGAUUCAGAUGAGGACACAGUUCUCUUCUCUUUGCCAGAUAGUUCUGUUCAUCACUACAAAAGUUGUAAGGAGUUAUUAGAGGCAUGUUACUCCAAGAGCGAUGUAUACGUAAUCUACCCAGAAGGGUUAUCUGAUGGUCUGGAAGUCUACUGUGACAUGGAGACCGAUGGAGGGGGAUGGAUUGUAUUUCAGAGACGACAGGACGGCAGUGUGGACUUCUACCGCACCUGGGCUGAGUACAAGUCUGGCUUUGGUAAUCUUUCUGGUGAGUUCUGGCUGGGUAAUGAUAACUUGAUGACUUUAACGUCUGAUGACUCACAGGGACCAUGGGAGCUAAUGGUGGAUCGUUACGACAAUAAUGAAACGGCAUUUGCGAAGUAUGAAGAUUUCAAGAUUGUUGGUGAAAAGUACACCCUUGAGUUUGGCGCAUACGAUGCAAGCAGUACUGCUGGCGACUGUCUUUAUUGGAACAACGGACUGCCCUUUUCUACGAUGGAUAAUGACAAUGAUGUAUACUACAGUAAUUGUGCUGAACUUUUUGUAGGGGGCCUGGUGGUUUCCUAAUAAUCCUGUAUGUCACUUAAACGGUAAAUAUUACCCAAUUGCUGGUCUUAAUAAAUACGGUUAUGGGCUCCAGUGGUAUAGUUGGCGAAAUACGUAUUAUAAAUUCUCAAAAAGCAGCAUGAAAAUCCGUCAAACUGACGUCUGAAUGAUAUUUAAAAAAAUUCUAACAUCAAAUAUGGAUAAGCAAUAUUCAAAGUCAUUAUCGUAAGAAAUGCGUAGGCCUACAUACUAGUUUGCCCUUAGCCCAUAAAACUCGUCAAAUCAAAGAGAACACUAAGAUUUCUGCUCAGUAUUACAUGAAUUGAUUCUCACUUUUAGGAGCUUUGUCCUGAUUUACAAAUUACGUAAUUUGGUUGUGUAGUAGAGCCGUUGACAAUCAUUUUAAAAAGGUAUUUUUUUUAUACAUUUUUUUUUAUUAUAUUUUUUUUUUACAUGUGAGUUCUGGCUGGGUAAUGAUAUCUUGCUGACUUUAACGUCUGUGCGGCCCCUAAAUGUAGCCCGAGCCCUAAAUGUCGCUUUACCUAAAUGUAGCCCCAUGUUGGUGAACAGUACACUCUUGAGUUUAGCGCAUCCGAUACAAGCAGUACUGCUGGUGACUCUCUUCAUUGGAACAACGGUAAGGCCCUGGGGUAAACAACUCCUUAUAAGGGAAUGCUGUGCGCGUCGCGCGUAUUGCGUGAUGU